AUGAUCCGGGGUCCCAAUAUUCGAAGCCUGGGGGGGAAGGGUAGAGGGCCUGGCGUUUGCAAAAUGUUUAAAGGCAUGUUAAUGAGCAGGAACAGGAACAGCACUGCUAUCUCUGGAGGGGGACUGCAAAUAGAGGGUCAAUCGCGCGAGGGUACUGACAAGAGGGACGACCACAAUGAAGACAAACCGGAGGAUCCCAGUCGGAAGGACCAAAAGGCGAGUCGCAUACAUAUCAGAAGAACAAACUUCAAGGGGGUGAACUUCAAGGAGGGGCUCCAAAGCGCAAGCUUCCUGGAAUUUAAUUUCAAAACAGACGUAUAUUUGAAACUGAAUGAAAUGAAGAUUGUUACCCCGACGCAAAUUCAGAGGAACGUAAUACCGUUGUUGCUACAGGGAAGGGGAGAGUCGACGGAGGGAGGAGCGGAAUUGGUCACAUGUGAUCAGAAGGUAGAUGUGUAUAGAGAAAUAUUGAAAAGUAGAAAUCAUAUUAAUGGCUACUUGAAGGAGAGUUUUAACAUGAGGGGGGAUUUUUACGACGUUGAAAAGUAUGAAUCAGGUGACGGGGGGAAGGAAGUUGGGGAGAAGCACUUUCGGGGGCGCCAAUCUCCUGGUAGAUAUGCUCAUGAGAGAAGGCUACCAACGGCUGUGCCGUCACACAGGGAGGAAGCCAACUCAGGUGGAGAAAAAAGAAAAUGCUUCAACGAUGUGUACGUUAUCGUGAGUCCAGAUAACACGGGAAAGACACUGAGCUAUUUCCUUCCAAUAUUAAACAACUUUUACAUGAACAAUGAAAAAAUUAUGAAAAGCCUAUCAAAAUUUUACCACUUUUUAAAUAAAUAUAAUUACAAAAAGUUUCGAAACAAAGUUUUUAGGAAGAGAGAAAAGUUAAUAUGUGCCAACAGAAGAAUGGACAAUUUCUUUUUUCAUAUAGCCUAUGAAAAGCACAGAGUACGAAACAGAUACAUAUAUAUUCGCAAGUACAAAAAUUACAACGUCAGCAGGAGCUACGUAAAAAAUAAAAAGAACAAUGAACUGAACUGUUUGAAGCAUAAAAAAAAUGUUUUCUUUCCUUAUGCAAUUAUUCUAACAAACACUAGGGAAGCUGCGUUCGAACUUUUUUCCUUUUUAAAAAAUUUUGACAUAAAUAUUGAGCUACUGGCGGGGGGAUAUUUGUACAAAAGGAAGUCUGUUAAAAAGUUUCACGUGGAAAUGCUAUCUCCUUCACCUGAUGGAGAGGCUCCACGGAUGGAUUACGCGGACCAACUGUACCAAUCCCAUGAUGAGGAUCACCUGGGGGGGUUCACAAAUAUGCGGAGCGAGUUCAUCAAGACAAACGAUUUUUUAAAAAGAAUUAGUAAAAAUGUUAAGCGAAGUUCCAAGGCAAUAAAUUACAACAUCGACAUUUUGGUUGGCACCCCGGAUAAAAUUUUCGAAAAAAUAGACAACUGCAGAAAUAAGCAUUUGUACAAUUUUAAGUUUUUAAAAUACGUUGUCGUGGAGCAGGCAGAAACUAUGUGUAAUGCAUUCAACGAGGGAAAGUUACAGCUUGUGUUUAACCAUAUAAAGAACUACACUAACAUGUACUAUUUUAGGGGGGGGAUCUCGGCUGAGGAUUCGAAUGUGGGUGACUACCCCAGUUAUGUUCUCAAAGAUGAUCACCCUGGUGAUCCUCAUGGGGAUGGGCACCAAGGACAAAAAAAACACUUCGACUUGGAAAACGAAGAAGCACGUCGGAGUACCCGUCGUGGAGGACGCAAGAGUAGUCUAAUAAGGCAAAAAAUAAGAGGUUACAUGGCACAGGAAGAGGGGAAUAAUGAGAUGAGUCCAGAUAUAUGUGAAGAAGGUGAAGUGGGACAUGGUGCCGACGACGGAAGUUACAGAACGGGUGCCCCCAAAUCAUCUGAUGGAGAAAGAGAAACGAAUGAGUCAUGUGCGGGAAGCAGUAUCAAUGGGGAAAAUCCCUCCGAAGAGGCCAGCCCUCGCAGCACCGAAAGGAAAAUCACAGAGCGCAAUGAAAGGAACGAACGUGCGGAAGUCAUUCGAGUGCUGAACAGUGGAGGAGCCGAAAAUGAAAAGAACACCCUCAGCUCGAACAUCCCCAUAUCCAUAUUCGUGUCGGCGACGAAAACCUUCUGCAUCAGCGAGUUUCUCGCCAACAACAUGAGGAGUAAGCAUAUCCAGGAGGUGAUACACCUGAAGAGCCACGAUGUCAGCUCCGAAAUGAAACACAUAUUUAUUAAUAGCAAAAAUAAGGAAAAAACUGCUCUCCUGUUGGAGCUUCUAAACAGUAAGGAUGCGAGAAGUAGUGUCGGCGUGAAGGGGGGUAUGGAUAAAAGACAUUUCCUCAGUAGACAUGUAAUUUUCUGUAACACGAGAAAAAGCGUGCAGAACGUUGCUGACCUGCUGACCGAACUCAAGUACAAGGUGAGUUGUAUUCACAACGAAAUGAGCUACAAGGAAAGGAGUCAAAAUUAUGGAAAUUUCAAAAAAAAUAAAACAAACAUUUUGGUAUGCACAAAUAUAUUUAGCAGGGGCAUACAGUUUGAAAAUUGCGACAUAAUAAAUUACGACAUUAGCAAUAAUAUAAAUGAUUAUAUUUACAAGUCCAGUAAAGUGGCGCAUAGCAAUGGCAGUACAUAUUGUGGCGGAAGUAGCAAUACGUUAACCUCAUUUUUUAGCAAAAAAAAUACAUCACUAGUUAACAACAUCAUCGAAAAAACGGUUGACAAGAAACAAAUAAUCUUUCAAAACUUAAACAAAAAAGUAAGCAAAAUGCUCAAGCUGCAAAAUAAGUACUACGAUAUUGUGAAGAAGAAAAAAAGGUACCAGAAAAAGGGAGGGCGAAAAGCUUUACACAUUUCCCCAAGGAGAAAUUGCCUAAGUAAAAAAAAUAAAAUAUUAUCCAAAAAACUAUACUUUUAUAAUAAAAUGAACGAAGAGCGUAAGCGCUUAAUAAAGAAAGGAAUUCUUAAGGGCCAUGAGAAGAUCCCCAGAUUCCCCAAUAGAAAAGCGGAAAUUUACGACAGCAAUGAAUAUAACUCUGUGCAGAGGUUGGAUGACGGCGCGCUGCAAAUUUUAGCAAAGAAAAGAAAAACGAAAAAGAAUAAAAAUGAGGAUGAGGCAAAAUAUGAAGAAGACACCAUCGUUUUGGACAAUAUGCCUACUUAUGAGGAUGAGGCGAAGACCAAGGAGAAGAGGCACCAAAAGAAGACAUACUUUUAG